AUAAGAGAGAGAGAGAAAGACGGAGAAACAGGCGCCAUGGAAUUGGAAACUCGAAGGCGAAGUUUUCUUGUUUUCUUUCCGAUUUUUCGUCAAUGGCUGCUGCUUCUUCUUUCCGUCGUUGAUCUUCAUUCAGAUAUCUAGGGUUUUUCUCUGUUUGAUCACGUCCUUGCCUUCUAUAUUAUUAUUUUCUGUUAUUUUAUACCACGAGAGCGCCCAUUCAUUCGACUCUUUGAUUCUUUGGUGUUUGAGCUGAAAGCGAUAGCGUGGUGGUUGAUUUGCAGAGAAGAGAAGUUCAAUGGGUUGUGGUUACUCUUAAAAGACGUGAUUUUCUAAUUGAGCACUUGUUGAAUUCGAUUCUUUCUCUAUCGCUGCAUGCAAAUCCGCCACUAAUUUGUUUUCGGAGGAAUUGUUCCACUGAUUUCGAUUGGUUGCGACGGAUAGAAUUCUAUUUGUUAACUGUAGCUUCUUCCUGAGGAAUUCGAGCAUUCCUUCUUCUUCUUUCUUUGUAAAUUUGCCAUUAUUGUAGCAUUUCUGGUUAACUUCGUUUGCGUUUAGUUUCUUUACCGAUUGAAUUUGCGCUCGACCUCGUGAAGGAAGAAAGCAAGCUAGAAGAUCCGGGAAGUUCACUGUUUUUUCGUUUUCUUUACCGUUUUGAUCCUUUUUCUUUUUCUGGCAGAAGCUAUUGAAUCUCCUGUCUUUCGAAAAAGAAAUCAACGAAAAUGAAAUUGCAAUUGGCUUCUAUAUGCAUUCUUACAGAACAGUUGGCGUUGCUGGUUGCGAUCACUGAAUGAGCAAGGAAAAGAGAGUUAUUAUAGAUAUUGGAGUUCUUUUUUGCGGAGUGAAUAGCGCAAAGGAGAAAGGGGAAUUCAGAUUUGUUUCUGACGGAUCGUCAGGUGAAAAUAGGGGCUGUGGGUGUUUGGCUGGUCUGGAGUGCCUACUGAAUAUAAUCAGGGCCCUCAGGAUGGGGUCCUGCUUGUCGGUGGAUGGGAGGAGCCCGCUCCCUUCCUCUCCGACAACCCCCGGGAAGAGGAAGAACUUGCGGAAGAGGCCUGGGAUGCGGAAUUCUUCAUUCGAUUCGAGGAGGGAAGAACAGCUGCAUAGGAUUCCUGGGAGAAUGUUCAUUAGUGGUGCUAGCGAUGUGGCUUCUCUCUUUACCCAACAAGGCAAGAAAGGAGUCAAUCAGGACGCCAUGAUCGUAUGGGAGAAUUUUGGUUCAAGAACAGACACUGUUUUCUGUGGUGUUUUUGAUGGCCAUGGUCCCUAUGGCCACAUGGUUGCAAGAAGAGUUAGGGAUUCUCUUCCUCUAAAGCUAAGUGCCCACUGGGAAGUAAAUAUACGAAGCGAAGACGGGUCUAGAGAAAUCAGCAGCAGUGUCAUGGGAAGCAUGAGCUCUGAAGAAACGUCAUAUAUGUAUACAGAAGAGAAAUCUAGGAUCUCUGUGGAUCUUGAAGAAAAGAAGCAUCCAGAGAUUUUUCUUACAUUGAAAGAAUCAUUCCUGAAGGCCUUCAAAGUUAUGGACAAGGAACUGAGAUUGCACCCAAAUAUUGAUUGUUUCUGCAGUGGCACAACAGCUGUCACAUUAGUGAAGCAGGGUCAGGAUCUUGUUAUUGGAAAUGUUGGAGAUUCUAGAGCUGUGCUGGGUACAAGAGAUCAAGACAACUCUCUUAUUGCAAUUCAGUUGACUGUCGAUCUCAAACCAAAUCUUCCAAGGGAAGCAGAGAGGAUCCAGCAAUGCAAAGGGCGGGUCUUUGCCCUUCAGGAUGAGCCUGAGGUUGUUCGAGUUUGGCUUCCAAACAAUGACUCCCCAGGGUUGGCAAUGGCCCGGGCUUUUGGGGAUUUCUGCUUGAAGGAUUUUGGUCUGAUCUCUCUACCUGAGAUUUCUUAUCGACGCCUCACCGAGAAGGAUGAGUUUAUAGUUCUUGCAACAGAUGGGGUUUGGGACGUGCUCUCAAACAAAGAAGUGGUAGAUAUUGUGGCUUCUGCGCCAGUGCGGUCCUCAGCAGCUCGGGCUCUGGUCGAGUCAGCAGUUCGAACCUGGAGAUUUAAAUACCCAAACUCCAAAAUCGAUGACUGUGCAGUUGUCUGCCUCUUCCUUAACAAYGACUCUAGUAGUUCAUGCAUCUCCAAUUCCAAGCCCAAAGGGCAGCCGACUUCAUUGGAUCGAUCUGAUAAUAGGAGUGAGAACCAAGAGCCAUUGAUCCCAAUUUUACUGGACUGAUCGGGCACAGUGCCAACUUGCCCCGAGAUCUUACCACGAGAUGACGAGGAAGCAUCAAAGCAGGAAACAGGGUCCAUAAGAGAUGAUUGGUCUGCUCUCUUGAAUGUGUCGCGCGGGUGAAUACAGUCAUACACUGUUGACUCUACCCAGGUUCAUUCCUGGAAAAGAGGAUCUGAAGAUCUGAGAAUGACCAAGGGAGAAGGGAGUUUGGUUUCAACGUGGUUUUCUUUCAAUUACUUCAAUAAUGUUAUCAUCACCAUUGUCAUAUUUUUUAUU